UUUGUGGGCUUGCCAGGUGGCAUGUGAUCAAGUGAAGCCAUUAAGCCUAGAACAUCUCCCCAUGAGUUUUUAACCUUCCCAUACGUUUACCAGUUCACAUAUCCAGCCCACCCACCCACUUUUUCCCCAUAAAUUUAAAAAGGAAUGGUCAUUUUUCUAUUAGCAAACUUAUAUUCAAAUAAAAAGAUAAGGGGGCUGUAGAUCCUGCCCUUGGGUAACUUGUGACUCAAUAGGAAAGUUAAGGCAUUGCUUUGUAUUUAACAGGUGUUUGAGGUUUUAAUUACUUACUAAGACCAAAUUACUGUGCCAGGAACAUGAAUGUUGGAGUUAGAGGAUAUUAAAUACAAAGAUGCAUAGCAUAUGUCUUUGGUCCCUAUCCCCACUGAAGUUUAAAAAUACAAAGGGGUUGAAUGAAGAGAAACAUGAACUUGAAACUAGCCAGGCUCAUCAUUCCUACUAGCUCCCAGCAAGAACACAGGGUUAAUGUGUGGUUUCCACUUCCUGUUAAAGCCUCCCAGUGAUUGGGUGACCCAUCACCCUGUCUAAAGCUGGGUACCAGAAGUAAGGACUGCUUUAAAUUCUAGCUCCACCUGGCUGCUGACCAGAGUCGAGGUGCACUCAGCCAUGCUCAUAAAUAGUUACAGUUCAAGGCCCCAAGUGCAGAGGGAGGACCAUUCUCAGGAAGGACCCAGAAAACCCUGCCUUCUCUUCUUUCCUCCGGGCUUCUGUAACACGGUUGUUAUCCCCAAAUCUGAGUUCAUGUGCAAAAUUGCAUUAGAAAAAUAAAUUAAGAGAUUAGAGUAGGCUCAGGGUGGCUAGGAUUUUAGAAUUUCUCUUUCCUGGUGCCCACAUUCUCAAACCCUGCCCCAGUGAGAACCGGAUGGGUGCUGCUGUCCUCAAACCUGGGGCACAAGCCUGAGCCAGGCUUGGCAGUGAGAUGGAGAGAGGAGGAGGGAGGCACUCUUGCCGCUGACCUUCAAAGGCCGUAGACCGGAGGGGAUCGUGUUACAUGCCCUUGAACUCCUGCCCCUCCCCCUCAGCUUCUUGAAUGGAGUCAGGAAUUCCAUUCACAAAAUGGAGGCAUGAAUGAGCCCACCCUCCCGCCUCCUCCCAGAGGUGUCGGGUUUCACCAUCUCCUCUUUCAUAGGUGGGAGUGGAGGGGGGAGGGCGGGAAGGGGCUGGAACUUCAACGGGUGGCUUCACACAGCCGACUCCCCGAGGUGGAGCGGGGAGGUUUCUAUCCUAUGGAAUGGAACGAAAUGCAGUGGAAUGUGCUUUGCUGUUAAACCUGAAAACACACAGUCUAAUGCCCAAUGCCUGUUCCCCAGAAGCAGGCAGGCGCACACUCUCUCUGUCUCUGUCCCUUUCUCUGUCACACAUACACACACACACACACACACACACACACACACACACACACACACGCAGGCACAGGACUGGGAACCUGACCUGCUGACCGGACAUUUGCCCAUUCCGAGGGAGUCUUAGGCGUGGACACUGAGCCCUUUCCCCGGAGGUUCAUCUCACCCCCCCUCCUCCCCCUGAACUCACAGGAAACAGCUGCUCCCUGGAAUCUUGGGCCUUGUGGAACAGCUUGCCCAGCCCCAGCUGCUGCCAGCCAUGCCCUCCGCCUCAGCCCUCACACCGAGGGGCUCAAGCCUCAGACUCCCUCUGGGAGAACUUCCCCUGGGGUUUGGUGGUGGGCAGGCAACUGGGAAAAGAACAGUGGCCCGGAAAGCAGGCUGGCAGGAAGAACUUGGUGAAUAUGUCACCGGGUGUGCGUCAAUGUACCUCCACACAGAGGGCUUCUCCGGGCCCUCUCCAGGUGAUGGGGCCAUGGGCUAUGGCUAUGAGAAAUCUCUGCGACCAUUCCCAGAUGAUGUCUGCGUUGUCCCUGAGAAAUUUGAAGGAGACAUCAAGCAGGAAGGGGUUGGCGCAUUCAGAGAGGGGCCACCCUACCAGCGCCGGGGUGCCUUGCAGCUGUGGCAGUUUCUGGUGGCCCUGUUGGAUGACCCAACGAAUGCCCAUUUCAUUGCCUGGACGGGCCGGGGGAUGGAGUUCAAGCUGAUUGAGCCUGAGGAGGUCGCCAGGCUCUGGGGCAUCCAGAAGAACCGGCCGGCCAUGAAUUAUGACAAGCUGAGCCGCUCGCUCCGAUACUAUUAUGAGAAAGGCAUCAUGCAGAAGGUGGCUGGUGAGCGUUACGUGUACAAGUUUGUGUGCGAGCCUGAGGCCCUCUUCUCCCUGGCCUUCCCGGACAAUCAGCGUCCGGCUCUCAAGGCUGAGUUUGACCGGCCGGUCAGUGAGGAGGACACGGUCCCUUUGUCCCACUUGGACGAGAGCCCCGCCUACCUCCCAGAGCUGGCUGGCCCUGCCCAGCCCUUUGGCCCCAAGGGUGGCUACUCCUAUUAGCCCCCAGCGGCUGCUCCCCUGCCGCAGGCGGGUGCUGCCCUGUGUACAUACAGAUGAAUUCGGGGAAACCUUCACUUGGAAACCCAUGACAUCUCCGGGGCAGAUCUCCACUGUCCCGUCAGGCUGCUCCCCAGAGUCACUGGAAAGGAAAAGUGGAGAAAGGGCAAGUCUAAAGGUGGCAUCUCAGGACUCCCUGGGGGUUCCCCUUUGCCCUGGGGAGUUCAGCUCAGCCUCGUCCCAGGUUCUGCUUAGAGGCCCGAGCUUCACUCCCUUUUCCCAACCACAGAGAACAAGAGUUUGUUGUGUUCCAGGGGACAUAGAAGGAGCUUCCCUAUUUUAUCCUGGCAGGGGGGUGAGGGGGUUCAUUGAGCUCCCCAGAUCCUCCACUGUGGGGAGACUGAAGCCUUGAACUCUGCACUCUGCCCCAAGCUGUGGCCCUGGGGGGCCUCAGUUGUCAGUUCUUGGUGCUCUGUUCCCAGAGGCAGGGGGAGGGUGAAGGAAGGAACCUGGGAUGGAGCAUGCUGGGUGGAGGUAGGGAGAGAUGGGUCCCUGCUCCAAGGGGCCCUGGCCUCCCCUCUACCUUCGCCUAGGCCCAAGCCUGGGGUUCUAAUUCUACUUCCAUCACACCUGCCAGACCUUAAUAAAAGCGCCUGCUUCUCCUGUUA